GAACGUCCGUGGCCCGGAAUCCCUUUGCCUUGGAGAGCGGCGCGAGCCUAGAAGCUGAGAGAAGUUGGGUAGGUCGAUCCGGGAAGGGUAGCAGAAACCUCGAAAAGAUCUCCUUCUGUCCUGAUCGUUUGGACCCAGGAGCUGCUUGCAUCUAGGGGCGGAAGGUGGACGCGCUGCGCACGGCUCCGCCAGGGCUGGUAGUUUUCAGACCGUCCCUGCCGAGGCCCGCUCGCCCGGCAGCCCUGCGGCUCCGGCGGUGGCGGCGGCGGCCCCAGGCUCGAUCUAGCCCAGGUAGCCGCAUCUCAGUCUCAGGGGGCGCUCUGACCCCGCUCCUGGCUGUGCCUGGGACCUCUGUUCUCUGGAGCACGGCUGCUGGAGAGUGACCCCGACUGCUACUGAUGGUGCUUCUGCUGCUCCCCUACUAGCAGGAGUGACUCCUACCCGAAAGUGGACUUCGGAGGAGGGUCCAUUAGGCCAUCAGAAUGGAAGCCCAGCAAGGAAACCAGCUGACUCAGGAACCAGAGUGAGAGCCACGAACUCUCCGCCCCAACCUGCACCAUGAACUUGCCCUCCCCUUCUGCUUGUUGAGAGCCAAGGGAAUGGUACAUUGCUAGAGAGAGAUGGCUUUCUUUUCUCCCUGGAAGUUGUCCUCUCAGAAGCUGGGCUUUUUCCUGGUGACUUUCGGCUUCAUCUGGGGGAUGAUGCUUCUGCACUUCACCAUCCAGCAGCGGACUCAGCCCGAGAGCAGCUCCAUGUUACGGGAGCAGAUCCUUGACCUCAGCAAGAGGUACAUCAAGGCAUUGGCAGAGGAGAACAGGGACGUGGUGGAUGGCCCGUACGCCGGUGUCAUGACAGCUUACGAUCUGAAGAAAACGCUCGCUGUCUUGCUGGAUAACAUCCUGCAGCGCAUCGGCAAGCUGGAGUCAAAGGUGGACAAUCUGGUCAAUGGCACAGGAGUGAAUUCCACCAACUCCACCACGGCUGUCCCCAGCUUGGUGUCUCUUGAGAAAAUUAAUGUGGCAGAUAUCAUUAAUGGAGUUCAGGAAAAAUGUGUAUUGCCUCCUAUGGAUGGCUACCCCCACUGCGAGGGGAAAAUCAAGUGGAUGAAGGACAUGUGGCGCUCGGACCCCUGCUACGCAGACUAUGGAGUGGACGGGACCCCCUGCUCCUUUUUUAUUUACCUCAGUGAGGUUGAAAAUUGGUGUCCUCGUUUACCUUGGAGAGCAAAAAAUCCCUAUGAAGAAGCUGACCAUAACUCAUUGGCGGAAAUCCGUACGGAUUUUAACAUUCUCUACGGCAUGAUGAAGAAGCACGAGGAGUUCCGUUGGAUGAGACUUCGGAUCCGGCGAAUGGCUGACGCGUGGAUCCAAGCUAUCAAGUCUCUAGCGGAGAAACAAAACCUUGAGAAGAGGAAACGGAAGAAAAUCCUUGUUCACCUGGGGCUCCUGACCAAGGAAUCGGGCUUCAAGAUUGCGGAGACAGCGUUCAGCGGUGGGCCUCUUGGGGAACUAGUUCAGUGGAGUGACUUAAUCACAUCGCUGUACCUGUUGGGCCAUGACAUCCGGAUCUCAGCCUCCCUGGCUGAGCUCAAGGAGAUUAUGAAGAAGGUUGUUGGAAACCGGUCUGGCUGUCCAACUGUAGGAGACAGAAUUGUUGAGCUGAUUUAUAUCGAUAUUGUGGGACUUGCUCAAUUUAAGAAAACACUAGGGCCAUCCUGGGUUCAUUACCAGUGCAUGCUCCGGGUGCUAGACUCCUUUGGAACAGAACCUGAGUUCAAUCAUGCGAGUUAUGCCCAGUCGAAAGGCCACAAGACCCCCUGGGGAAAGUGGAAUCUGAACCCGCAGCAGUUUUACACCAUGUUCCCUCAUACCCCAGACAACAGCUUUCUGGGCUUCGUGGUCGAGCAGCACCUGAACUCCAGCGACAUCCACCACAUUAACGAGAUCAAAAGGCAGAACCAGUCCCUUGUGUAUGGCAAAGUGGAUAGUUUCUGGAAGAAUAAGAAAAUCUACCUGGAUAUCAUUCACACGUACAUGGAAGUGCACGCCACUGUUUACGGCUCCAGUACUAAGAACAUUCCCAGUUACGUGAAAAACCAUGGCAUUCUCAGUGGACGAGACCUGCAGUUUCUUCUCCGGGAAACCAAGCUCUUCGUUGGGCUUGGAUUCCCUUAUGAAGGUCCAGCUCCCCUGGAGGCCAUCGCGAAUGGAUGCGCUUUCCUGAACCCCAAGUUCAGCCCUCCCAAAAGCAGCAAAAACACAGACUUCUUCAUUGGCAAGCCAACACUGAGAGAGCUGACAUCCCAGCAUCCUUACGCAGAAGUCUUCAUCGGCCGGCCACACGUCUGGACUGUGGAUCUCAAUAACCGAGAAGAAGUAGAAGACGCAGUAAAAGCCAUCUUAAACCAGAAGAUUGAGCCGUAUAUGCCAUAUGAGUUCACGUGUGAAGGCAUGCUGCAGAGAAUCAACGCUUUCAUUGAAAAACAGGACUUCUGCCAUGGCCAAGUGAUGUGGCCGCCCCUCAGCGCCCUGCAGGUGAAGCUGGCUGAGCCCGGGCAGUCCUGCAAACAGGUGUGCCAGGAGAGCCAACUCAUCUGCGAGCCGUCCUUCUUUCAACACCUCAACAAGGAAAAGGACCUGCUGAAGUAUAAGGUGACCUGCCAAAGCUCAGAACUGUACAAGGACAUCCUGGUGCCCUCCUUCUACCCCAAGAGCAAGCACUGUGUGUUCCAAGGGGAUCUCCUGCUCUUCAGUUGUGCCGGGGCCCACCCCACACACCAGCGGAUCUGCCCCUGCCGGGACUUCAUCAAGGGCCAAGUGGCCCUCUGCAAAGACUGCCUAUAGCAUCGCCGCCCUGAAUUCAUUCAGACGGGAAAGACGUGGCUCCACUGGGCAGGGCCAAGGGGCACAGAGACAUUCAGGGACUCUGACCAGAGCCUGAGAUCUUUGUUCCAGGGCUUGAAUUUACUACUGCUCCAGCCGCAGCCAGUGCAUCCCAGUUUACACCAAAACCACAGGAGAACAGAGGUUAGAACAGGAACCUGGGUUCUCCCGGUGUACCGAAUGUCCUCUCUGUCCGGGAGAUUGACUGUAGGGAAAUGGUCCAGGCAGUUGCUCCCGAGAAUUUUUUUUUUUUUUUUAAGAAGGGAUAAAAGUCGAGAGACUCAUUCAAACUGAAAACAAAACAGGAAGAGGAAUUGAGCCAAUUGGGAAGGACUUUGGGGACAAUCCUAAACCAAUUAAUUUAUUUAUUUUGGGAGGAUGGGGCGGGCUCGGGCGGGAGGAAAGGGGUUUGAACAGUUUUCCUUUUGUUCCUCAUUGUUAAUCGCCUUCAGGCCCUUCUUGUUCUGCAGCGCCAGGCAGGGUGCAGAGGGGCUGUGGCCUGCUGGAAAGGCGGCUGUGGGGCGUCACUCCUGGUAACAGGUGGCAGCAGAGAGAUGUCUAUGAGCAGGGGGAUGUAGCUCAGUUUGUAGAAUGUUUGCGUAGCAUAAAUGAAGUCCUGGGUUCCGUCCCCGGCACCACAUAAAAGUAGGUAAGAGGCAGAGGCACGAGGACCAAACAUUCUCCUUGGCUACAUAACAAAUCAAGGCCUUUGUCCCCAGGUCUAGGCUACACGAGACCCGGUCUCAGAAAAUGGGGUGGGGGGGGGGCUUGAAAACACAGCCAGCCACUGUCACAGCAUUGCCAGAACCGGUGGAUCCCAGGUGUGCUUGGCAGAUGGCAGCUAAAAGGCACAUAACCUUGAUGGGGAAAUAAAUGCCUGAGGUGUCCUGAGGGCCCCACCAAGUUCCAAAGACAGGCUGGGCUGCAGGUGAGAGAGGCUGCUUUCCUCUGUGUGUGUGUGUGUGUGUGUGUGUGUGUGUGUGUGUGUCCCUUC